AGCUUCAGCGCUUCCAGUAACUUCCGAAACACGUCCGUGCUAGCGUACUAGCUUAGCCUGCGCUGUGCUAAAUCAGUGGCUGAACUGUGCGCGGUGUAGUCGUGCUGUCUGGAAAGUCAUUACCGGAAUAGUGCGACCCGUAUUUUGAGUAUUUACUCGCCAUAGACUGUGGUCUUCAGUUAUUUUCUUCGGUGGGUAAAUACAACAGCUGGUGCUACCUCGCAAAACCAGGCAGAGCCAUGGCUAUGUACAAGGGAGCUGCCAGCGAGGCUGGCCGUGCCAUGCAUCUCAAAAAGAAACGCGAGAAAGCGUUGGAAGAAUUGGAACUGCGAAAGAAAAGGAUUGAAGAAGAGUUGAAGCUGUCCACAAUGGAGAACAAGUUCGCUGCACAUUAUGAUGCUGUGGAGCAGCAGCUUAAAUCGAGCACAAUUGGGCUUGUCACCCUUGAUGAAAUGAAGGCUAAGCAAGAGGAUGUUGUAAAGGAACGAGAACGUCAACUAGCACAGCGGCAACAAGAACGCGAGCUUCAGCGACAGCGUGAAAUUCAGAAAAAACGGGAACAGCAAGAGAGGCAAAGAAGACAGAUUGCAGCACUGUCAUUCAAGCUGGAUGAAGAUGAGGACGAUGAUGAUGAAAAAGAAGAGGGGGAGGAGGAACAGGAAGAUAACAACAAUAAUGAUGAUGAUGAAGAGAAGGAAGAGAAUGAAGAUUCACAGGAAACAAAGGAGCAGAAUGAACAGGAUGAAGAGAAAGAUGAGCUUGACUACGAACCACCAUCAAAACGAAAGUUGGGCAAGAAUCCCGAUGUGGACACCAGCUUCCUUCCGGACAGAGAACGAGAGGAAGAAGAGAAACGCAUCAGGGAAGAGCUUCGCAUGGAGUGGGUGCAGAAACAACAGCAACUCAAGAAUGAGGACAUUGAGAUCACCUUCAGCUACUGGGACGGCUCAGGCCAUCGAAAGGUGGUGCGCAUGAAGAAAGGGAACAGCAUCUACCAGUUCUUGCAGAAAUGCAUGGAGCUCCUUCGAAAGGACUUCUACGAGUUGCGGGCAGUUACGGCGGAUCAGCUGAUGUACGUCAAAGAGGACUUGAUCAUCCCGCACCACUACACAUUCUACGACUUCAUUGUCACGAAGGCUCGUGGCAAGAGUGGCCCCUUGUUUGCUUACGACGCGAGGGAAGACGUGCGGCUGACUAACGAUGCCUCGAUUGAGAAGGAAGAGUCGCAUGCAGGCAAAGUUCUGCUGCGCUCGUGGUACGAGAGGAACAAGCACAUCUUUCCAGCGUCCCGAUGGGAACCUUAUGACCCCGCCCGCUCGUAUGAGCGCUACACAGUGUCCGACAAGAAAAAGUAGCCCAGUGCCACCAACCAGCCUUGCACUUUGUGAAAAACUAAUCCUUUGUGGAACUGCUCACAGGCUCAAGUGGGGUCCUGGAAAGUUGCCCCUUCAGUGGCAUGCAUGUUUAGGUACUGGCUAUUGCAGGGUGCAGCAUGUUUGUGUGCAAGCCACACAGAUGCACGGUAAACAUUGUGGUGCAGUUGAUGGCAUCUGUAGGUGCUGUCAGCAGGACUGUGAACUACUGCGUGGUGGCAAUGACACUUUGUUGACAUGUAAGAGCACUUCAUGCAUUACCACUUUACUGGGCGCUUUACACCCUCCAUCGAGAAGCAGUUUGGCUAAGAUAGUUGUAGCCAUGCUAUCCGUCAGCUGUGUCUGCAACUUCAGAAUAUUGGAAGAAAUUGCAGAUCAUGAUGAAAUGUUAACAGAAUGCUUCCAAACUCUCUGCACAUGUGGUUAUGUAAAUUAAGGGAGGUAGAGGUAGCCCCACACUGUCGGGAAACAGGCUGCGUUGAAUUCUACUUGUCUGUGCUUGCAGUUUUUAUGGUAAGAUUUACUUAUACAGUUGUCCUUGCUGUGGCAGUGUUAUAAAAUCGCACUACUGUAAAUAAAAAAGGCAUCAUCACUUUCA